AUGAUGCACUCCUUCGUCGGAGCCAGUCUCCCUGGUGUGCCUUCCUAUCCUGCACAGUACACCCACGAUGCGUUCCUCGAAGACCUCUCCAGGCAAAUGGCAGUAUCAGCCAGCAGGAGAUAUUCGAGGGGGUCGAACGGUGCUCACACUGGAAACACUAUGAGAGUCGCCAAACCAUCCAGCGCCAGCAACAGCCCUCGCAACUCGCUCAUGCAGCAACGUCGACGGACGAUGAUGAACGACCCGGCCUUCAUCCAACGAGCACAGCAAGUGGUUGACCAGCCGUACCUUCCCACGCCUGGUCCUGAUACUACUUGCGGCAACUGCUACUACGAGCCUGUGAAGAAGGCUCCACGGCCAGUCAGCUGGCACCCAUCAACCAUGGCGCAGACCCAACCAUAUAUGCCGCCUGUAUCAACACAACCGACCCAGUACCCCUUCCCGUCGUACUGCGAGGUGGACUGCUGUACUGCCGCACCUGCGGCGGCGCCCGCCCCCGUCCAGUUCCCACCCACACCCGCCGCCUACUCGGCAUACAGCUCCCCAGCGUCGGCCUUCUCGCCCUUGAACCUCCCGUACUCGACCUAUGAGAUGCCCCAGACGUAUUCCUCGCCUAGUUGGGACGUCUCUGCCGCAGAUGCGGCAGCCAACAUGCCGCCGUCGACUCUAGGACAGGCCCAGUACUCCUUCACGCCUGGACCCUCCUCCUCGCAGCCCAGGGCUCCCCCUACGCCCGAGGACCCGCCCAAGUCCCAGCAGCCAGAGCCAGCCCUCCAGGGUGAUGAUGAGUCCAUCCCGUUCCAAUCGCUGGACGAGAACGACGAGGAAGAGGAAGGAGACAUCCUCAUUGGCUUGGGGCUAUACGACCCCCCAGAGAAGCUACCAUUCCACAGCGAGGGCGGUCUCCUGGGUGCAUCCUUCGACUACCAACCAACUGGAAAGGGCCUCAAGUUGGAAGAUGCCUGGGAGCCACCGGUCAGUGAUGAUGACGACGAGGAGGAAGAUGGUGAGGGCGAGGCCGAAACAGCCGACGACGACUAG